AUGAGCGACAUAAAGUCAGGUCGUUAUUUACUGGACCAUCUCACUGGCAAAGUGGACAAGGCCAACAUGCAGCGGGAUCGAUUGAACGAGUACUUUCGGUGCCACAUCACUGCCAAGGUAGAUAAACCCUUGGGCAAGAGUAGAACGAGCGUUGGUAAGCCGACCGAGCUCACCGUGGCCAGCGAUACUUCGUUUGGUGUUGUUUCUGCCCUGGGCGUCCACAUCGCCGACUACCACGCUGACGCGUCGAACGCGAAGCUUCUGUGGGACCCGGAAGGUCCAAAGGAAUUUUAUGUAAAGGUUGCGGCCAACACAACACAAGACAAACGAGCAACUUCUAACAACCUCGUGACUGCGGCAACCCGCGUUGCGGGAUACAUUGAAGACCAGAGCCUUCUCCUUGGCCCUCUCCAAAUCGACUAUGCAACGGUUGUGACGGCAAGGUUGCCGCCGACCGCCCCCGUUGAAAUUCCCGCAAAUGCUACAAUGCAGCAACUCGGUCAUAUUGACCUUACGGAUUCACGUCAUGCCGACGAAUGCCGGUACCCCGACCACGGAAACGUACCAGACUGGUUGAACGAGUACGCCACAGUCCAUCCAUGCUUCUACAUCGAGGAGCUUGAAGACGCACUGCGACACCAGUUUCCGACGCUCAAGAUUGUAUCUGCGACCGACGAGUGCGAGAGUCUGCCGAUUUAG